AUGUUCACAAUCUCAGUCAUCUCUGCUCUUGUAUUGGCUUCAUGUCAACAAGCUCUAGCACAGUCCUGCUCUGGUUUCAAUGUCACCACCGACUACAAUGACUUGACGUACACUUCUCUCAGCAGUCGCUCAUACAUCAUCAGCGAGGGUGUUUCAUGUUCCGCCACGCAGAAUUGCUCUAUCGACAUCGGCGGCUAUGUCACCGAAGGCCGCACCUUGAACAUCUCGGAUGACGCCUCAGCAAACUCCAUCUUCGACACCAUCUCCAAAGUCGUCAACCUCCAGUUCAACGAGACUCAGACAUAUCCUGUGGCUCUCUAUCGUCGUACAUACACAAUCAAGAAUGGAACAGAUGGCUAUGUCGCCUUUACUCCCAACACUAUCUGUGCUACCGGAAGGCUCUCUGGCUGUCAAGACAAUGACCUGGAGGGACAAACUGUCACGGCAUGCACACUGGAAGGCGAAAAGUACGGUGAUGGGCUUACUGGUGUUAUCAACGAGGUCGUCACCGAUAGAGAGACUGUCGCAAAUUUGACUUGCAACCCUUCCAACACUACACAAGCCCAAAAUGGUAACUACACGGGCAUGAGAGGUUGCACCGGUACUCAGGACGACACUGGUGCAGCCAGCACAGUUGGUGGAGUUUCUUUGGCGCUUUUGUCUGUUUCGCUGUUUGUGGCCUUCGUUGGAUUUUUAGUUUGCUUGACUGCUGGACGACGAGUUUCGACAGUCCUAGGUUUACAGCCCUGUUACAACAAGGACUUGACUUCGAAUAGCCUUCUGCGUAUACUUCUUGCAUAG